AUGGGAAAACGAGUCGGAGAUUACUACAUUGACAAGAAAAUUGGAAGCGGAGCCUUCGGCAAAGUAAGAUUAGGCACUCAUUUUUCUACUAGUGAAGUGUUUGCAGUAAAAAUAGUUGACUUGGAUAGAAUUAAACCCAAAAUAAAGCAGCUAUUAGAGCAAGAAAUAAUGCUAUUGCAAUCUUGUGAUUGUGCUUAUGUAAUUAAACUUCAUGAAGUUUUGAAGUCUAAGCGGAAUUACUAUUUAGUCAUGGAAUAUUGUGAAGGAGGAGACCUCUCAAACAUUAUAUCAGAAAAAGGGCCAAUACCUGAGCUCACUGCUAAAAAAUGGGCAAGGCAGCUGAUAAAUGCAAUGAUAUAUUUAAGAGGCAAAAAUAUAAUGCAUAGAGAUUUAAAGCCAGCGAAUUUAUUACUAACCAAUAAAAAUCAUGAGAUCGCUGAUAUAAAACUUGCUGACUUUGGCUUUGCAAGGAUAUUAAAUGAUAAUUGUUUAGCAUCAACCCAUUUAGGUUCACCACUUUUUAUGGCUCCAGAAGUCCUACGAGAAGAGCGCUAUGACUUCAAAGCUGAUGUAUGAAGCCUCGGAACUAUUAUUUACGAAAUUUUGUUUGGAAAACCAGUUUUUGAGUGCUAUACCAGAGCAGAUUUAAUGAAUUUACAGAAAAAACCAAUAAGUUUUCCAGAAAAUGUUUCUGUGUCUGAUAAUGCGAAAAAUUUAAUUACUGCAAUGAUGAGAUAUAAUUCUAACCAAAGAGUAAGUCUUGAGAACCUUUUGAAUCAUCCAUUUCUUGUUGAGGAACUUCCAGAUAUUAGUCUUCAAAUGGCACAGCAAUAUUCAAGCCAUAAUGAAGUUAUACAAGAAGUCUUAGAUACUGAAAGGUCUUCUUACGAAGAUGAAGAUGAAGAAUACGCAGAAUUCGAAGAAGCUGAUGAAAACAGCACUUAUAGCGAUUUUACUAUUAUGGAAACAAGUGAAGAAUUGAAAUCAUCAGAAAAUCCAGCUCAAGAAGAGCCUCUUCCCAAAAGCAUCAAAAGAUCAUUCGGCUCAGAGCCUAACAUGCAAGCUACUCAAAUAGACUUUGAGGCAAGUGAAAUUCGCGAAUUUGAAAAACUUGUGGAAAAUUUUGAAGAAGAAGACCGAGAAGAUUUAGCAUUUGCUGUUUCAAAAUAUGCCAAAGAAAAAUAUGAAUAUUAUUUUGAAAAAAUAUACCUUUAUAAGCAUUUUAUUUGCUUUCCAGCAUACCAAAUAUGUCUCUGCAAGCCAGAGUUUAAAUUUUUAUAUAUGCAAUAAUAUGACUUUUUUCGAUAGUGAAAAAUCAACUAUAUUCAAUAGAAAAAUUAAAAAGGAAAUUCCAUUUGCCUUAUAUUGGAAAUCAAAAAUUUUAUGAAGUUCAUAAAAAAUUAAAAAGAAAAGUUGACGAAUCAAGAGAAAAACAGAAUUAUUUGAGUGGAUUUGUGUGUGAUUACAGCCAAAAAAGAGUAGCACAAGAAAUGAUGCGCGAAUCUCUUAGGCUAGUUGAAGAUCAAACUAAGCAAAAAUUGAAGUCAGCACUGCUUCUAUUAAUGGCUUCCAAAGCUACAGAUCCAGAAGAUGAAGGCAUAGAGAAUUCGCUUCUCAUUGUGCAAGAACUUUACCAGAAAGAGAUCCAAUGAAAUUAG